UUACCAUUGCAAAUAAUAUUCAUCGAUACAAUAGAGUACGAGGCUAUCUCCGAAACGUAGAUACACAAGCCUCCAUCGACCUAUCCUAUACCUCGCACCAUCUCAUCAAUACCUACUUACCUACUUAUUUGACUUCUCACACAAUAACAACAUGCCUAUGAACAUGACCCCAUCUCGACCAUUCACGGCCGCCUCGCCUGUUCAUCCGAGCUACCUACCCACAUUACAUAAAUCUGGUCGCAUUGAAAGGGGAAUUGCUACCGCGGCUGUGGCAGCUAUAGGAAUCGGGUAUGGUCUGACGAAAUACAAGGCAAUCAAGGCCGAGCAAUGGCAGAAGGAACACCACGUCGAGCAACAACAAAUGUUUCGAAAUGCGGAGAUGGUCCCGGCAAUGGCCGUCGCGACACCUGCUCAUCGAGGGGAGGCCGUCGAAGCUCUUGAGAAUGCGUAUGGAGAACGGACGAAUCUCGCCGAGCUAGAGGCUGCUGUAGCGACGUACGAAUCACGACAGAAGAACUGAGGGGUACUCGUUCUUUGCAUUAUGACAUGGUUAAGUACUAUUGCGGGUUUUAGGAGCGGGCGUUUAGGCAGGCUAUCUGAUCGUAUCGAUGGGGUUUCGGACGGCAUGAAAAUACAUAAGGCGGUAUACGCCGACGGUUUAUUACUUAGGGACAGAGUCAUAUAAAGGGUUGGGAAGAACUCGCCUUGACCUGAUGUCUACCUGGGUAAGGUAGUCAAAGACCACGAUUGAUAGCAAUUUAUCUCUAUCGAACACAACAUACCUACACAUCCCCUCUGAUAAGGGAUUUUAUACAGAUGGCCAAGAUAAAUUCAAGUAUAGAGUUAUGUAGGUACCUACCUACUAGGUAGGUAUUCGAGAAUUUCUAAUAGCAGAGUACCUGGUAGUUAAUCUGGAACCUUAGGAAAAUAAGAUACAAUUAGGUAUUUUGAGG